AGAUGCGGAGGUCUCACAAAGUGAAAAAGUCAAGACUGAAAGGGCAAGUUCGAAGAAAGCUCGUUCAUUACUAUUCAAUUUCGUCUCUUUAGACUAGAACGACAGAAUUGGUAGUGACACUCCGUGUUUUCAUGAAUCAGUACCUCGUGGCGACAUUAGUCGUGUAUAUAAUGUAAUGUAUAUUGUCGUCUAAUGUUUAUAGACCUCCUGUGCCCCUGUGAGAGAAAGCGCGAGAGCAAACGAUGGCUUGCAGGGAUGCGGCUUGGUUUGCAAUAACAGUGGUUGUUGUGAUGCUGUCUCUCACAGUGCCUCCGACUUGGUCGAUGGCGCUUCUAUGUCUUCUCGGAAUGCUUGCUUCUGCAGUUGAUAAAGCUGUAAGCAUGAUGAGACCAGGACCGCGUCUUCCAAUAUCUGCUUCGGCUCCUGCAGUUGAUGCUCCGGCUCCUGCAGCUGUUGCAGUUGCUCUUGCUCCGGCAGCUGUUGCUGCUAGAAGAAAUAUGAGAAGCAAGCCGGGAUCAUCUUCAACCUCAUCGUUGUCAUCUGGAUUCAAGUAUGACGUAUACUUGAAUUUUAGACAUCUAGAUACUCACGACGGAAUCACGGUUCACCUUUACACACAAUUGGUAGAAGCCGGGAUCAGGGUCUUCAAUGAUAGAUAUGACCUCACCCCCGGAAAAGAGAUUGGGCUGGAGCUAAGAGAGGCGCUCGUGCGGUCGAGGAUCUCGAUAGCCAUCCUCUCCAAAAAUUAUGCUUUCAGUGAAUUUUGCCUCAAUGAGCUGGUACAAAUGUGGGAGUGCAGAAAAACAAAUGGACAGAUUAUUUUCCCGAUUUUCUAUGAUGUUAGUCCCAUGGAUGUAAGGCACCAGGCUGGGGAUUUUGGAAAGCCCUUUGCUCUACAUCAUAUAGACAGAGUCGACUCAAAUACCAUCGACACAUGGAGGGAGGUUCUUCGACAGAUCGGGCGAUUAAGGGGAUUUAGCCCGAGGGACCUAAAUGGGCACGAGGGCGAGCUCGUAAAAAGAGUUGUUGCACAUGUGGCGCAACUGUUGAAGAGGGAUGACCAAGUUGUGACCGACAAACUAGUUGGAAUCGAUCGUCAUGUUCAAGGGAUGAUGAGAAAGCUUGGUGUUGCCUACAGUGAGGGACAAGCGGUCGAAGUACGAGGGGAAGAGGUACGCGUCGUCGGAAUAUGGGGUGCACCGGGUGUCGGAAAAACUACACUUGCAAAGGUUGUCUUUAACAAGAUGCGUAAGUUGUUUGAUGCAAGUUGCUUCCUUGAAGAUAUUAGUUUGGAAGGAGUCCCGUUUUCACGACGACUAUUAAUUGCCGACCUUCAAAAACAAAAGCCUGCACCACUUGAAUGUUCCCGUGAAGGGAUUGAAGAAAUAGCAAGUCUAUGUCGUAAUGUGAAGGUUCUUAUUGUGCUUGACGAUGUGGAUGAGGAUGAACAGAUUAGAGCAUUAGCUGGGAAGCUUACUUGGUUUGGUCCAGGAAGUAGAAUCAUUGUGACAACAGACAAAAGAAAUGUUUUAAAUGCUUUUGAUAUUGGAGCAUUUGAUCGUGGGACAGUUAAAGAUUACAAGGUUGAACCAAUGAGUGAUGACCACGCUCUACAACUCUUUCGUAAGCAUGCUUUUGAAGGGGAUGCUCCCGAAGGUGUCUCUGAGUAUGAUUCCUUGUGCAAAGACAUUGUCAAAGCUAUUGGAGGGCUUCCUUCGGCUAUUGUGGAUCAUGCUUCGUCUUUACGCCGCAAUAUGAAUAUGGACAUAUGGAAGAGUACCUUGGACUUAUUGCAAAAGCACCCAAAAGAUAGGCCAGCUGCCUCUCAAGUCAGUCAUGCAGGAGGAUCAGAGCAUAGCGUGAUCCAACGGGUUCAAUGAAGAGGAAGAAGCCCUGCACUCUAUGUCUUUAAUGCGUCUAAUUUCCAAUCUCAAUGUUUUUUAAAUUUCCCGUAACUUUAAUGUUUCCUAGUUAGCACUA